UGGUUGGAAUAAUUAUUAUACGUUAAAAUUAAAAAUAUUUUGUUAUACUGCUUUCCAUCAACUAAACAAAUUCAAAUCACAAUGUUUAACAACUACUGUAAUAACAGGAACGGAAACAUUAAAGUGUUACACCAAACAUGAUGGAGUCUGAAGGCGUCGUACACCCUAAAAAUAUUCAUUUUGCGAUGGAUACAGAGGAGAGUUCGGAUCCUGGGAAUGGUCAACUUUGUAAUACGAAAGAGGACACCGCCAGCAGUAAUGAAAACACGAACGACCCUUUCAAGAAACCGGCUAUUUCCGUGCCCUCAUCCUUCUCGAUGAAGAAAUCGGAUGGGUCAGAUUCGGUAAAGAGACCAGCAAAAGACCCAAACAGCUCCAAAGCAAAAAACAGCGAUUGCGUUAUUGAACAUCCCCAAUCAACUUCACAUGGGAAAUACACAAAACCUGACCCAACUAAUACUCCAUCAGACGAAAGUUUAGACAAACAGAAGCCCGGUGUAGAUAAAAUAAUUAACGUUAUUCCUCUCAAACCCAAGGACACCAGACCCCAAAUCCCUGUCAAAUUACUCCAGUCUGGUAAAUUCCCUCCAUUGCCGUACACGGAGCCACUGUGGGGAUCUAUUCCUGACGUCUCUUAUUCGUUUGAGCUGCUUAAAAAUGGCGCUAUUUUAGACACGGUGCAUCUGUCUCAAAGGAGUUAUUUUGUGGUGGGUCGGCUGCCGGUGUGUGAUGUGUCUCUGGAGCAUCCGUCCAUUUCCCGCUAUCAUGCUGUGCUGCAGUACCGGGGCCGAGUGGGGCAGGACGGGGAAGUGGAAGAGGAGAGGGGCUUCUAUGUCUAUGAUCUGGGCAGUACUCAUGGGACUUUUGUCAAUAAGAGCAAGAUACCGCCUAAAACAUAUAUAAGGCUCCGCGUGGGACACGUGCUGAAGUUUGGCGGAAGCACCAGACUCUUUAUACUGCAGGGUCCGGAGUUUGACGAAGAAGCAGAAUCAGAACUGACGGUAACAGAGCUCAGAGAGCAGGCAAGGAAACACAGAGAAGAGCUUGAAAAAAGGAUGAUGGGUGAUGGCUCCGAUAAUGAUGAGGAGGAGGAGAAAGAUGAGACUGAAGCCAGUGCAUCAGGGAGAAGCUCUUCUGACGAUGCUGGCUGCUUGUGGGGAAUGGCUGAAGAGGCAGUGCCUGAAGAGGAUGAAAAUGAGGAGAAUCCAUUUGCUGCUGAGUUUCACGAGGAUCAGGAAGCAGCGUACCUUAAAGAUCCUAAAAAAGCCCUACAGGGCUUCUAUGACAGAGAAGGAGAAGAACUAGAGUUUGAAUAUGAAGAAAAAGGACAUAGCACCUGGCUCUGCCGAAUUAAAUUGCCUGUGGAUGAUGCAGUGGGCAGGCAGCUAGUGGCUGAGGUGACACACACGGGGAAAAAGAAAGAAGCAGCUAUCCAGUGCUGUUUAGAGGCCUGCCGCAUCCUAGAGGCUCGUGGUCUUCUGAGACAGGAGGCUGUGUCUCGGAAGCGCAAGAAGAAGAACUGGGAGGAUGAAGAUUUUUAUGACAGUGAUGAUGACACGUUCCUAGACCGGACUGGUGCAGUAGAACGGAAGAGGUCAGAGCGUAUGAAGAAGGCCGGAAAAAUUCAGGAGCAUCCUGAUACCUAUAAAUCACUGUUGGCCAAACUGACUGAGGUUGAGAAAGAGCUUGCUGAAACGGAGAAGAGGCUCAGUUCUUCUGGAAAAGGAAGCUCCAGCUCUUCCUUAGAGGACCCUCUUGAUGCGUUCAUGAGUGUUGUACGUAGCAUGGUAGCUCUGGAUGGUGUAGAAAGAAAAAAACUACAUUUACAUGUGGCUGAGCUGAAGAAGGAGGGUCAGAGACUACGAAAACUGGUGGAGCUGACCAGACCUACCCAACUGCCUUCACUGCAGCCCAGUGGUUCUAGCAGUGAGCCUGCAGAGAAAGUAAAGAAGUUAUCUUUACCUAUGUUUGGAGCCAUUAAGGGAGGAGGUAAAUUCAAAUUGAAGACUGGAACUAUAGGAAAUUUGCCCCCAAAGCGAGCCAGUCUGCCCCCUGAGCUUUUCAACAUGAAGGAGCUUCCCUCUGGUGGGAGAGAAGAAGAGGAGGAGGAGGAGGAGGAGGAGGAAGAAGAAGAAGAAGAAAAAGAAAAGAAAUAUGAGAAGACAGAGGACACAGACGCUGAUGAUAAUAAUAUGGAGGUUAUUCAGUCUGCAGAGAUGGACAACACAGAACACUCCCAUGGCAAUAGCCCCGAAACUCGCACUCACUGCCCUAACGAAAUGAAAGACAGUGAAGACCAGACUGGUGAAGUAGUGGCAUCUCAUGAUAAACAGAAGGCCAGAUCUCUUAAUCUUCACAGCAAAAGUGCCUCUCCAUCAAAAGAAGGAUGUGACAACAGCAUUUCUAUUGUCAAGAGUCCAAAGACAAGUAUGAAGAAAACAGUCAUUGGCCUAAGCAGGCCACCUGCAACCAUGUCCAAGGAUUACCCAGAAGAUGAUCCCGACUACUGUGUCUGGGUUCCUCCAGCAGAUCAGACUGGUGAUGGUAGGACACAUCUGAAUGAUAAGUAUGGCUACUGAUUUUGGAAAGUGAAGGCCCCCCAUCACUAAAAUGGAGGUCAACUCUUCAUCUCACCCUUGAAAAGAUACAUCAUAUUGAUCUUCAUACCUUACCUAAUUUUCACAAGUUGCCCAGAUGAGCUUAUGAUGUUUCUAGCUCUUGUUAAUGGUUUUAAGCAUGUUUGUGUUCUGAAUUGGAAUAAUAUGCACUUAAUGUUUAGCCUGUCAUUAGGGUGCGGUGAAUUGAUAUUCACCUGUCAAUAGGGUGAGGUAACCUGUAUUUUUUUCUGGUUACAAAAUAGCAGCCUUCUCAUGUUACGGGAAUAUUUACUGUUCAUUUUGACAGUAUAACUUAAAAAGCACUUUCUGUUAAAUCACUGCACCAUUGAACAACCUGAUCUCUAUCCACAGCUUGCUGUUCUGGGGACAGUUUAACAUGCUUAAGUGGGCUUUGUGUACAUCUAUUGCUCUGUUCUGAGUCACUAUCAGAGCCACCCUGAACUUCCUUUGGCAGUGGUGCCACAUGCCAUAUGGCAAGCUCCUACUGAGCUCUCCUCGGUUGACUGUUAAUGUUAACUCUUUAGAGGUGCCUUUAUCAGCCAUCUGGACUCUUGCUUGGCAUUAAGUAUUAGGAGCAAGUCUUUGUAUGUUCAGGAGAAAGGGAGUGAGCUCAGUGUAUAGUUUACCUAUUAGUAUUUUUUUAACUUAAUGAGGAGUGACUCACUAUAAGAACAUAAUUUGUGUGAUAGUGUGUUGAAGAAAGAAUUGUGUCCCUCCAUAUAUGUCACUGUAGCCCAGUCUCUCUACUUAUCACAACCUAUUGCUCCUUAAUUCUCCAUUUUCUGGAGAGUAGGAUUCCAUACAAAUGGUGUAUUUUGUUACUUGUCUUUUGUAAAAUAAACAUGUAUGCACUC